CAGGAAGUAUUACUUUUAACAGUGUUGCCUCCCACCUACUUUUCACCCUCGUGACAGAACCGGCUGCUGAAUCACAACAGUGAAUGAUUAGUGCAGAAUUCUCAUUUCGCUGAAAUUCGGAAGUGCCUUCGGGUCAAAAACAGAAAACCGCAUAAGCCUGAUUAAGUAUAUAAACAGUCCAGUACAAACUAAAGCUCGGAAGACCCACAUUGGCGGUCUCUAUUAAUAGCUCCGCGGGAAAGACUAUGCAUCGAUUAACGCCAUUCCAGCGCCUUUGCUGCCUUCUUUUUCUGCCGGUUCUGAUCGGUAUCCCAACCACUGUGCAUGCUAUUCCCCAGACAACGGAAUCUCCAGAAAAAUAUAACUUCGACGCCUUCGGUGAAGAUAUUUUCGGCCCCUUUGGUGAAGCGAUCUUGACGAGCGUGUCGGAAGCGGAACUCUUAGAUCCCCAUGCGUUAUCACCGGCAGACAAGCAGCGGAAAAAGGCGCGCCCGUGCAAGCCCUACGUCUUGUCAGGCUGCAGCGCCCAGUGGAAGUACUGCGGCUGCGACGUACCGGCAUUCAAUCUUAGCGCCAUCGCUCCCAACGCCGACACCAUCGAGAUUGGCGAAUGGAACUUCUGGGUGGAUUUCUGCACUCCUAGCUGUCUGCUUGAUACGUUCACGCCUCUUCCCCAUCGUCCCAACGUAACUACCGUUCGUCUGCACAAUAUUUGGGCGGCACCUGAUAAUCGACCGUUUCCGGUCGCUGGUUAUCUGGUUAAUCUGCAGCCGACGCUGAAAGUACUGCUGUUGCUGAGGCUGUAUUUGCCAACAAUCACGCGUGACACUUUUGCCGGGUUCGUGGCACUGCAAAAGUUGACAGUAUCGGGUUGCUACGUGUCAGCCAUUGAAACCAAUGCUUUUACCGCCCUGAAUAACGGUCCCGGAUCAGCGUUGCCGCAACUGAAAACGCUCAAUUUUAUCAUAACAAUAUUACCAUUCUCGAUUGGUCUGCCUUUGUGCCGUUGAUGGGCAGUGUCAAGGAUAUUUACCUAGAAGAUAACAAUAUCCAGCGGAUUUUUCUCAGCCGCUUCUUCGUGGUGCGCAGCCUGGAGACUAUCGUCCUGGAUAGAAACAGCAACCUGACUGAUAUCGACGACCGCUUCUUACGCAGCGUCUCCCCUGCUUCCGGUCGACCGCGAUUGGUUCUAGGGGAUACUCCUCUCUGCUCGGAUGCCCCGCACUGUCAAAGGAUCAACAAGAUCUACGGACCCCUCGAGGAUUGCUGCACGGAUACAGCGCCGCCGAACCAUAGCCCGGCACGACCAUCCAGAAGUACAGUUUAAGCGGAAGAGUCUCAGCAGACGGCUAACCAUGUGACGACUGAGUGAUCUUGACCUGUUGUCAUGAAAAUAGGCCUGAUAUUUCUGGGUAUAUGUUUUGCUUGUGUUUUUCUUACGGACAGGACGAUUUCGAGUCUAAUAAAUUGAACCGAAGCCCG